AUGUGGACCAAGGCGGCUUGGGCGGGUCCUAUCACGUUGAGUUGGAGAAACUUUGCUUUCAAUGCUUGGGUAACCUCAGCUUGUACCGUAAAUGCCAGUCAAUUCAGUGGCAACAACAGCAGGAGAUUACCCGACUUGCCGGUGAGGGCGCGUGGCGACCUAGAUCGAUGUCGCCAAGAUGUCAAGAUGUCUUCCACAAAAAUUGAGGCAAUUGACACAUUGAGACAGAUCGUUGGUUUGGUGUUGCUCAUGCUGCGCUCUAACGCUGAUAUCAACACAACUUCGUCCAAGAUCGGUGAUCCCGGUAACCACCAAAUCUGGACCGCUACUGAAUUUACCCAACAGGCCUGCAAGCUCCCCUGA